CGAUGAAUCAAAAUGGCGCUUAUGUCAGUGACAUAUCUAUUGCAAUGCAAUGUUUUAUAAUCAGAUUUCUUUUUAUUAUAGCCCUUUUCAAGUAUAAUUAUAGAAUAAAACAGUGAUUAUGUCGACUAAUAAUUUGUCAUCAGUUCUAAAAUCAUGUUCGGAGAGUGAAUUAAUAAACGAAGUUGCGGAUAAUAACAUGACACCAAAACAGGUAGAAGGAUCCCGACUAAAGAGGACCUUUACGUUGCCUCGUAAUCCCUUUGGUACCACUAAGCCAGGUUCCAGCAAAAGUAAGAGCAACGAUAGCGACAAUAAGCAAGUCAGUGCCAGCUCCACAAUCGUAGAAACCACCAAGGACGACGGUGUAAUAGAGAGGAAGUUGUUUAGAAGGCCAUCAUGGAAACGAUUUCUGAACAAAAUAGCGCAACAUAUGAGCACCGUUAAUGUGUCCGGGGUAAAAUCAGCACCACCAGUCUUGAAUGGUGAGAGAGUUCCAUGCAGCGGUGACCCUCCAUGGCCCCCAGGCUCUACUCCAGCUGCUACAGGCAUCAAAAACCAUGGCAACACUUGUUAUAUGAAUGCUGUAUUGCAGUGCCUUUCACAUACUGAUGUUAUUGCAGAAUAUUUUGUGCUAGAUCAUUACAAGGUAGACUUACAAAAAAGGAAUAAAAUUAACUCAAAAAAAUAUGGCACAAGGGGUGAAGUAACGGAACAACUAGCAACUCUUCUUAAAGCUCUCUGGGCUUGUAGAUACACACCUGACAUGAGUACUGCAUUCAAGGGUGCAGUGGAGAGGCAUGGCAUGCAGUACAGAGGGAACAGCCAGCAUGAUGCACAAGAGUUUCUUUUUUGGUUGCUAGAUAAGGUUCAUGAAGAUUUAAACACUGCCACUAAAAAGAAAUAUAAAACUAUUAAGAACACAUGCGGUAAACCUGAUGAGGUGGUUGCUGCGGAAACCUUAGCUAAUCAUGCUAGAAGAAAUAGUUCAUUUGUCCAGGCAGUAUUUCAAGCUCAAUACCGGUCUGCAUUGACAUGCGCAAAGUGUGAGAGGACAUCGUGUACAUUCGACCCUUUCCAUUGCGUGAGCGUACAGCUACCGCCCAGACCGGCCGCUGCACAAAUCUCUCCCUUACCUGUUAAUGUUGUAUAUGUGAACCAACAACCCCGCCAAGUCCGCAUCGGCGUGGAGCUGAAGCCCAACUCCACGAUGGAAGACCUGCGAACGACCCUACACACGGACACUGGCAUCGAACGUGACAACAUCAUUUUGGCCGAAAUUAAUGAAACUGGCUGGUGCGUGGCGCGCUUGGGCUGGGAGCCGGCGGGGCUGGAGCUCGGCGCGCUGUACUGCAUGGAGGCGCCGCCGCUGCUGCAGACGCCGACCACGCCCUACCUGCUCAUCCUCUGGGUCAACUUACUCGACGGGGAGCGUUUCGGAUCACCGUACGCGAUGCAAGUGCCUCGAGAGACAUCAUACGAGGACCUGCAGAAGCUGCUGCUGAAGGAGAUGAGCGCGGUGGUGGCGGAGCUGGUGCUGGAGGGCGCGCAGGGCGCCGACAUCUUCCGCGCGCGCAUCGCCGAGGCGUACCGUCCCCGGGACCCCGCCUACCUGCAGCCGGAGCUUCCCCAUCCUUUGUUUGCCCUGGACGUGGAGCAGGCGCUGUUCGCGCACGACAAGCACCCGCACCUCCGACUCGAGCUGCUGUGGGACCCAGCGCACAGAGACAGUAUAAUCCGGGACCCGCUGGAGGCGUGCGAGGUGCACGUGUCGGCGCACGGCUCGGCGGCGCCGCUGACGCUGCACGCGUGCCUCGCGCACUACACGCGCGCCGAGCAGCUGGCCCAGGAGGACGCUUGGCGGUGCCCUCAGUGCCAGAGGUAUAUGCCGGUCGUCAAAACGCUCGGCCUGUGGUCGCUGCCGGAUAUCUUGGUCAUUCAUCUCAAACGGUUUCGGCAGCAAGCCAAGUGUCGAACGAGUACAAAGUUGACGACGAUGGUGGAGUUUCCCCUGAGCGAGCUGGACAUGACGCCGCACCUGGCCCCGCGCGGAGCUCACGGCGGGAGCGACGCUCCGGGGCACGGGCACGGGCACGGGGGCGGGCACGCGCACGCGCACGCGCACGCGCACUCGGCCGGGCACUCGCGCUCCCCGCGCCGCCGCGCCUCGCGGGUCGGCGCGCCGCCCGGCAACACCUACGACCUGUACGCCGUGUGCUACCACCACGGCGACGACCUAGAGACCGGCCACUACACCGCCGCCUGCCGCAACCCCUACGACGGCCGCUGGUACAAGUUCGACGACUCGCGCGUCACGCCCGUCGACGUAGACAACGCCUCCGGCGAGCUCGUCAACAACACAGCCUACAUGCUCUUCUACAAACGGAAGAAACCCACCGUCGCUCACACGCGCGCCGCGGACGACGGCGGCCACUGGGCGCUCCGAAUGCCGAAAUACGUGAAACGAGCGAGCGAAACUCUGAACGAGAUCGCCGAGGUCAAGGACGAAGUCGCCGAGGACGCUAAGAUCGAAGCUCCCGGCGACGAGUCCGAGUCGGAGAUGACCCCGCCGACGCGCAGCCCUUCGGCGCGAAGCAUCGCGAGCCUGCCCGACGAUAACGCCGCGGAGCCCCGACCCGCCGACCCCGCGCCCGUCGUACAUAACACCACUAUUAUCCAAUCCCCGACUCUGCAGCGGCCGCUAAUAGUCGAGGUGAACGGCAACCGACCGACCGGCGGCACGAGCGAGUGCGACAACGAAUCUAGCGCAUCCACCGAGCCGUACAUCCAUAAAGACGUGCACAUAAAUCCGAAGAUGACGCCCGUCGACUCGCGGCGGCCGCGCUCCGUGGACUGCCCGCCGCGCGGGGCCGCCCGCGACGCCAACCGCAACUACGACGGCUCGCCGCUCGUGGCCAGCAUCAACGGCGUGGAGUACCACCCCACCACCGAGGACCUAGUGCUCACCAUGUUCCAGGACUCCAAGUACAUCGUUCCGCGCCACGCCAACAUCGCGGGGGAAUCUCAUAGAACAGGUGAAAAGUCUUCCGUUUGGAAAACUCGAAUAUCCACAUGAGAGCAACAGGUACCAUUGAAGGGUCAAAUGCGGCCCUACACAUUAUUUAUUUCCUAUUUAAUAGAUCUGAUUGUUUUUUAUAGUUGACAGUUAAUUUAUUAUGUUUUAUAGAGUUUGCAGUGAGAAUACGUAACGCUACUAUCAGAAUUUUGAUUAUUUACGAAUUACUCUGCAGCAAACUUUGUACAUUAAAUCUGGUCAUAAAUAUUAUACUAGUAGAUUCCGGAUUUCUUUACAGUAUUUUAUAAAAUCGUGUUAAGCUCAUAUUUGGCCAAAUAACACAUUUUGCUGCGGAGUGCUUUGUGGUCCAUUUAGCGAAACUACAAUUUGACCAGAAUGACCUGUCUAAACUACUGACGUUGGUCAAACGGCCACUUGUUUUUUUUCUAAGCGCGUGUUAAACGCUUAAAAUAGACCGCGGGCCAGGAACAGAUUUCAUGACCAAUCGCCUCCCGGGCGAAAACUCGUAUAGUGGUUAACGGCUAUGUAUGAUGAACCCUCGUGAACGUCAGCUGCCGCUCCGUUGGUGGGUUGAGGAAUGGCAGCAAAUAAAGUCUAUAAUUUUUUUUUGUCAUCGCCUCCCGCUUGAUACUUUGUCAGAUGAUAGUUCAGAUGCUAUUGUAAAUAAACAAAAUCGUCAGCUGAUUGUAUCGCUGUGGAAAGACCGUCAGCUGGUCACAUGAACAUGUAAAAAAGAAAAUUCUUUUCAGUCAUCGGCGUCAUCGCCUCCCGUUUGAUACUUUGUUAGAUGAUAGUUUAGAUGCUAUUGUUAAUAAAACAAAUCGUCAGCCGGUUGUAUCGCGGUGGAAAGACCGUGUUACGCGCUUCGGUGGCUGCCAUUCCUCAACCCACCAACGGAGCGGCAGCUGACGUUCACGAGGGUUCAUCAUACAUAGCCGUUAACCGCUAUACGAGUUUUCGCCCGGGAGGCGAUGACUGACGAAAUUUGCGCCUGGCUCGCGGUCCAAAAUGUUGCCAAUUGAGGCUAGAAAGAUCAUGUAGAUUCGUAAAACGGACCAGUGAACUUUUAUAUUUAAUUUUUGAACAUGGAUUUAACUAUUUGGAACCUAAUUCGUUGAUUGAUUACACAUGCCAAAGAUUGGUUACUAAGAACCGUAUAAUAUUGGACCAGUUUCGUUAAUUAAAUAACGUAAAGCAUUGUUGUGGUGUAGUGUCGUGUAUAGACUGUAGUUAACAGUAUAAAUACCGUAGCUAGCGGGCGAUAUUAUCAAAUGUUCAUAACAAAUACCACACUAGUGCCUUGGCCCUUGGGAUGUUGUGAUUUUAAAAAUAUAAAACACCAUAUUUGCUGAUUUACAAUAGGUAUGUACGUAGUAAGAGUUAUAUUUGUAUAACGGUCGUUGCAUGUUGCACACGACUCGUACUCGUACUAUCCAAGUGAUAUAAUACUGGAAUUGCGGCAGGUUUCGGUCGGGUAAUGGGAAUAUUAUUUGGGCAGCAGCCUCCACCGGGAACGACUUGCAAGUUAUCAUGUGAUUUUAUGAAUAAUUAUAAUUUAUUUAUGAAAUAUUGUAUAUGUAUAUUGGCUCUUAUACUUUAUUUCUAUGGAUCACAAAUUUCUUACUGGGUUUAAAAAAUGUAAAUACUGAAAAUAAUAUUUUCUUAUUUGCACAUAGGUUAGAUUAUGUAAGCUGCACUUGAUUGUAAAGGUUUUGUUUAUAAUUUAUGUUAAAAUUGAUUUAUUUAAAAGACAUUGUUAUAAGCGUAAAAGUAUCAGACUAAAUGGCCUAAACGCUACCUGUGAUCAUUUUGUCAGGGAUGCAUCGUGCUUCAUUAAAAAAUAAACCUAUUAAUGUAUUUUGACCCAAUACUCUGGAAAGUGACUCUUGCUGUGUAAGGCUGGCUCUCAUUAUUAAAUAUUAUAGUUUUAUUUUUAAAUAAUUCGAAGAUAGACGACCAGUGUCAUAAACAUAUGCGUAUUUAAGGUUUGUUAUACAAUAGCAGCUACUGACAUUACGAAUUUUUUGAUCAGAUCUGCAUUAUAAAAAAUUUCGAGGUAAAUAUAAAACCAUCACAUACAUUCAUAAAACUUGAAGAUGCUAUAAUUCGCAAUGUAUGCGAUGGUCGUACAAUCUCCGAAUGUGUAUUGUGUUAUUUGUUUUAAUUUGAAGAUGUUUAUUUUACUUUCACAACGUUAUUUAAAAUAUAAGUGUUAUGUACCUACACGAA